ACUAUAGUGGGCAUCAAUACGAGAAAGCAGAGAAAGUUUGCUUCAGUCACUCUCCACUCCUGAUCCAUAUCCUGUGUAGUAAUACAGUAUAAACUUUAAACAAUUUCAAAAUGAAGAAUAUACCUGUGAUUUCUACUCUAGUGGACAACACACCCUCAAUGGAUUUUGAGGGACAGAGACUUGCUGAAAGAUUAUCGCUUGUCAUCAUCGUUUUAUUUGCAGCAGUAGGUUUUGUGUGGGGAUACGUUUGCCAGCAGCUGAUUCAGACGGUAGCAAUCCUAGGAGCCGGAGUACUGGUGAACGUACUGUUGGUGGUCCCACCAUGGCCAAUGUUCAGGAAGAAUCCACUACCCUGGCAGGAUGUCAUAUCAGAGGGGAAGUCCAGCAGUGGUGGGUCUAAGAAGAAAUCGAAGAGCUCAUAGGCACACCUCAGACUCACAUAAAUCACUGGCUUUUUGCUGUAUAAUUUUGUUAUUCAUGACACUAUAAUCAGAUCA